AUUCUCUCCAUUAACCUAUUAUUACUCCUGAGGUAAAUUAAGUAGAAACUAAAGAUCAAUAAAUUCGAUCUAGCCAGCUAAUUAAAUGGCACUAAGAAGCUGGCCCAUGAUUAUCAGCACUGCCAUCUCCGCAUGUUUCCUCAUUAUCUUUAAUGAAGCCGAGGCUGCAGUCUAUAUUCCAGCAGCAACGACGUUAAUUAAUGUGGUGAGAUUAGGAGCAAAAGGCGACGGCAAAACGGACGCGUCAAAAGCGUUUCAGCUCGCCUGGUUUUCCGCCUGUGGGUCCCGCGACCCCGUCACGAUUUACGUGCCCAGAGGAACGUUUUCCGUCAGGCAAGCCCACUUUAACGGCCCGUGCGAGAACCCGCACAUCACCUUUCGGAUUUCGGGCACCCUGCUUGCUCCUUCCGAUUACCACGUCAUCGGCGAUGCCGGUAACUGGCUGGCGUUUCAUCAAGUUGACAGCGUCUCCGUCCACGGCGGCAGGCUUUCCGGCCAAGGCGCCGCCAUCUGGGCUUGUAAGAGUUCCGGCAAGAAAUGUCCCAACGGUGCAACGAAUUUAUCGUUUACAAAUGCCAAAAACAUAGUUGUAAGGGGGUUGAUAUCCCAAAGUAGUCAAAUGUUUCAUCUGGUGAUGAACGGGUGCCAUAACGUGACGGUGGAACACAUCGAGAUCGAAGCGCCGGGAGAUAGUCCCAACACGGACGGCGUUCACAUUCAGUUUUCAUCCAACGUUGCUAUUCAACACUCCAAAAUUGCCACAGGAGAUGACUGCGUCUCAAUUGGUCCCGGCACCGUCAAUUUGUGGAUGCACAACCUGUCUUGUGGACCCGGACAUGGAAUCAGCAUUGGAAGUUUAGCCAAAGAUUUACAAGAAGAAGGGGUAGAGAAUGUGACAUUGAAAACAGCUGUGUUCAGGGACACACAAAACGGUGUGAGAAUAAAAGCCUGGGGCAAACCCAGCAAUGGAUUCGUCAAAAAAGUGGUUUUCCAAGAUUUGACCAUGCUCAAUGUCCAAAACCCCAUUCUUAUUGACCAAAACUAUUGUCCUGGUCAUGUUAAUUGUCCACGUCAGGAUUCAGGGGUAAAGAUCAGUGACAUUACGUACGAAAAGAUAAAGGGAACUUCUGCAAGCGAGGUGGCGGUGAAGUUUGAGUGUAGCAAGGUGAACCCAUGCGAGGGGAUAAGGUUGAAGGACGUGAAACUGGGCUUCAAACACAAACAUGCUCGGGCCUCUUGUGCAUACGUUGCCGGAAAGGCUUUUGGCCCAAUCGAGCCUUCAAGUUGUCUCUAGCUAUCUUUAUUCUUAUUUAUUUAUUUAUUAGCUUAAUUUUUUUUAUAGGUUUGUGUGAUGAAACUAAAUCUAGUUUGGGAAUAAAAAUUAGCUAGCGAGAGAAUGUAUACUGUAUACAACAAGCUAGAUAGGAUUUUUGUUGUGUCUACCAGAGAUUUUGUUAUAUUAAUAUUAACUCGCAAUGCA